GUUUGCUCCAGAAGUCGUGUGGGCGGACUUUGAGUCGAAACACCGAAUCCCGUGGGGCCACCACUUGAUGCAGGGCUGUGCAAAAAAGCACUGCGAAGCACUUCAGCACGGAGUAAAGCUCUUCCUCCCAGACCUUUGCCGACCAGCUGCCGACCCGGCACCGAGGGGCUGCUGCGGACGGCAGACGGUUGACGACGCACGCACGCACACCCCCGAAGCCAGCGUUUCAACGCCCCAGACCCAGGUGUCAUUUCCUCAUUUCCGACUGGAUCAUCGACUGGAAUUCGGAAGCUCCAUCCCUCCGACCGCCUACGUCGAGGACCCCCUUGCUGCGAGCCUGACAUCCCGGUCUCUGAUGGCAACCCUGUGAACGGCGAGGGCACAGCUUGCAGGCCGUACGUGGUUCUGAUUUCUUGUUUAUUAUUAUAUAAAUUGGCAUCACAACACGGGGCAGUUGAAGACAACUGGGCACCGACGAGGACGUGCUGCGGGGCAGGGCAUUCAAGGUUGCAGACUCGCUCCACUUGCCAGGCUCAACCAGCAACCGACUGCAUCGCAGUGUCUUAUUCAACAUGGACAGGAUACUCACUCACGCAUCAGGCUCAGCCAUCUGGGCAUUGGCGGCUCUGCUGGUCUUCAAUGUUCUGCGAUGCAUCUACAACGUCUUGUUCCACCCGCUGCGCCGCUUUCCUGGGCCCCUCACAAGACGCGCCUCAGGCAUCCCAAAUCUCAUCUCAAUGCUAGGGGGAAAAUGGACCAUCGAACUCCUGCCCAUGGUGGAGAAGUACGGCCCAGUCGUCCGCAUCAGGCCCGGCGAGCUCCUGUUCACCGGCCCAGACGCCUGGAAGGACAUCUACUCGCACCAGAACGGGGCCCUGAUCAAGGGCGAGGAGUUCAGCAAAUGGGAAAUCUUCUAUCGGACACCGGGCGUCCCGGUCUCUAUUCUCGGGGAGAGUCGCGACAACCACACGCUCAUCCGGCGGCAGUUCAACUACGGCUUCAGCGACAAGAUCCUGCGAGACCAGGAGUCCAUCGUGAAGGGCUAUGUUGACCUGCUGAUGCAGAGGCUGCGAGAACGAUGCAAUCCGCGGCGCAGCAAGCCAGAGAAAGGGGCGGAGGAGAAGAAAGGGACAGGGACGUCGUUCGACCUGCGCCGCUGGUACAACUACACCACCUUUGACAUAAUCGGCGACAUGGCCUUCGGCGAGCCCUUCGGAAGCCUCGAGGCCGGCAGCGAGAGCGAGCUGGUCCGCAACAUCGAGAGCGGGCUGGCGAGGCAGCCGAUCGGGACGGCCUUCAAGCUGGCGGGCCUGGGCUGGCUCAUCACGUGGAUCGCCGGGCCCAGGUCGAGGUUCCGCAGGGAGAGCGCCCAGAAGACGGCAGAGCGGCUCAGGCGCAGGAUGGCCCUCAACUUUGAGCGGCCCGACCUCAUCGGCAGCCUGCUGCGCAAGCAGGAGGACUGGAACAUGCCCUUUGAGCAGCUGCGGUCCAACGCCGGCCUGCUGGUCGUCGCCGGGUCCGAGACGACGGCCACGCUGCUCUGUGGGGUUACCUACCUGCUCCUGAGGAGCCCGGCGUGUCUGCGCAAGGUCACGGAUGAGGUUCGCUCCUCGUUUGAGUCGGAGCAUGACAUUACUUUCUCUUCGGUCCAGAACCUGCCCUACAUGCUCGCCUGCCUCCGCGAAGGCCUCCGCCGCUACCCUCCAGUGGCAGGUCCGCUGCCCCGCGUCGUGCCCAAGGGCGGCGCCCACAUCGCAGGCCACUUUGUGCCCGAGGACACCGUCGUGGGCAUCGCGCAGUGGCCGAUGAACCACAGCACGCGCAACUUUAGCGACCCGUUCGCCUUCAAGCCAGAGCGCUUCCUCGACCCGGAGCAGUUCCCGGACGACAAGCUCGAUGCGGCGCAGCCCUUCAGUACGGGGCCCAGGGACUGCAUUGGGAAGAAUCUGGCCUACGCUGAGAUGCGGACGAUACUGGCUCGUCUGCUGUUUAAUUUUGACAUGGAGCUGGCGGACCCCGAGGUUGAUUGGCUCGAUCAGAGGGUCUACUUCCUGUGGACAAAGCAGGCGCUCAAUGUGCGCCUGACGCCCGUGAGAUGACACUCCUCUCGAGUUCUGGGGCCGAUGACCAAGGUACUCAUCCCUUAUGUGUAUCACAUAGCCCAUCUCUUAAUCCAAAUUGAAGUUCAAAU